CGUCUCACCCCUCAACUGUCUCUCCUUCUGAGCGUCACUGCGUUGCAUUGUGGGAGGAGAGACGAAGGGGGAGGAGGAGGAGAGGGGGGGGAGAGAAAAGACAGGGAGAGAGUGCGGUGCUUCACUCCUCUUCAGUCAUCAACUACCAACCCAGCCAGUCAGCCAGUCAGCCAGCCAGCCAGAGUGGCUUUCAGCAGCACCGCCACUCUGCUGGUGUUUUAUCCCCCCCCCCUCCAUCCCCUUUCCACCCAACCCCUUUCCUGCUCUCAUCAGCAUCCGCGAAGAUGCUCCGUCCUGCCGGAGGACCGGCUUUUCUGCUCCUGCUGGAAGCUUUGUGGAUUUUCUGCAACGUCAGCGGUCUGCAUGGAGCUUUGCCAACUACACCAAAAUGCGACGAGCCUCUGGCUUCUCCUUUGCCGCACACAGCCUUCACCAGCUCAUCUGUCUUCUCAAACGGAUAUGCACCCGGCUACGCCAAGCUCAACAGGAGAGGAGGUGCUGGUGGAUGGUCUCCAUUGGACAGCGACCAUUACCAGUGGCUCCAAGUGGACUUGGGUUCCAGAAAACAAGUGAGCGCCAUAGCAACUCAGGGGCGCUACAGCAGCUCGGAUUGGACCGUGCGAUACCGUCUGCUGUACAGCGACUCGGGAAGGAACUGGAAACCUUAUCACCAGGAUGGCAACAUUUGGGCCUUUUCGGGAAACUCCAACUCGGAAAGCGCCAUUCGCCAUGAACUGCAGCAUGGAAUCGUGGCUCGCUUCCUGAGGCUCAUCCCGCUGGAAUGGAGCAAAGAAGGUCGGAUUGGGCUCCGCAUGGAAGUCUACGGCUGCAUGUACUGGGCGGACAUGAUCAACUUUGACGGACAGGGUGUCAUCUCCUAUCGUUUUAAGGUGAAGAAGAUGAAACUCAUCAAGGAUGUAAUCGCACUGAGGUUCAAGACGUCAGAGAGCGAGGGGGUGAUCCUUCAUGGGGAGGGACAACAAGGGGACUACAUCACCUUGGAGCUCCGUAAGGCGAAACUGCAACUGCAGAUCAAUCUGGGCAGCAACCAGUACGGAUCCAUCGUGGGUCAUACCUCAGUGACCACGGGCAGCCUCCUGGAUGACAACCACUGGCACUCGGUGGUGAUUGAACGCUACCGCCGGAAUGUCAACUUCACCUUGGACAGACAUACUCAGCACUUCAGGACCAACGGGGAGUUCGAUCACCUCGACUUGGAUUAUGAGUUGAGUUUCGGGGGGAUGCCCUACAGUGGCAAGCCCGUAGGAGGAAGCCGCAAGAACUUUAAAGGCUGCAUGGAAAGCAUAAACUACAAUGGUGACAACAUUACUGACCUGGCCCGAAGGAAGAAGCUGGACACCUCCAGCUUUCGUAACCUGUCAUUUUCUUGUGUGGAGACGCACUCCUUCCCCGUCUUCUUCAACGCCACAAGCUUCCUGCAGUUGCCGGGUCGGGCGGCUCACAACGUUGUGUCGGUUGGCUUCCAAUUCCGCACGUGGAACCCAAACGGGCUUCUCCUCUUCAGUAACCUCGAUGACGGAACGCUGGAAGUUUCACUGGAAGACGGCAAAGUCGUCGUUCGCGUUAACGUGACAAAGGCGGGCAGGCACUACCGGGCGGACUUAACAUCAGGUUCAAGCCUUAAUGAUGGCCAAUGGCAUGCAGUGCGCUUGGUAGCCAAGGAGAACUUUGCCAUGUUGACGAUUGAUGGUGAGGAGGCUUCCGCGGUGCGUUCCACUUCACCGCUGUCCAUCACCACUGGAGGAACCUACCAUCUAGGAGGUUAUUUCCUCCAGACGUUGUUCCCGCCCUCGCAGCGCUACUACCAGGGUUGCAUGCAAGCAAUCAUGGUGGAUGACCAACCGGCCGACCUGCAUGCAGUGGAGAGAGGAACAGUGGGAGCGUUUGAGAACGUCAGCCUAGACAUGUGUGCCAUCAUUGAUAGAUGUAUGCCGAAUCAUUGCGAACACGGCGGUCGGUGUAAACAAACGUGGGACGGUUUCAGCUGCACCUGCGACGGAACAGGGUACACCGGCGCCACCUGUCAUACUUCUAUCUACGAGCCGUCAUGUGAGGCGUACAAGCAUUUGGGACGCUCUUCCGAUACCUACUGGAUAGACCCCGACGGAAGCGGACCACUGGGCCCCUUCAAGGUCAAUUGCAACAUGACAGAGGACAAAGUGUGGACUGUGGUCAUGAACAACCUACCAGCCAAAACCACCGUGACCGGUUCCAGUCGGGAAAGACGGACCAUACUCCAAGUCAACUACAGCGCUUCCAUGGAGCAGGUGACCGCCAUCACCACCAGCGCGGAACACUGCGAGCAACACAUCGCAUACAGUUGCCGCAUGUCCAGGCUGCUCAACACACCAGAUGGGACCCCCUACACGUGGUGGGUGGGCCGGGGCAGCGAGAAGCACUUCUACUGGGGAGGGUCGGGUCCCGGCAUCCAAAAAUGUGCCUGCGGCAUCGACAGGAACUGCUCCGACUCCAAGUAUGACUGCAACUGUGACGCCGACCACACGCAAUGGAGAGAAGAUUCCGGUCUCUUGACAUAUAAGGAACACCUGCCAGUCAGCCAGGUUGCCGUGGGUGAUACCAACCGAGUUGGCUCCGAGGCCAAGCUAACAGUUGGACCACUGCGAUGCCAGGGAGAUGAUAACUACUGGAACGCUGCUUCAUUCACCACGCCGUCAUCCUACCUCCACUUCGCCACCUUCCAGGGGGAGACCAGCGCUGACAUUUCCUUCUAUUUCAAGACCAGCGCUCCUUAUGGCGUCUUUUUGGAAAACCUUGGCAACACAGACUUCAUACGUUUGGAGCUGAAAUCACCUCAAGUAGUCUCCUUCUCCUUCGACGUGGGAAACGGUCCCGUGGAGUUAACGGUGAACUCGGCCACGCCUCUCAACGACGACCAGUGGCAUCGCGUCAUGGCCGAGCGCAACGUCAAGGAGGCGGUCCUCCAGCUGGACCAAACCUACCGGGCCUCUCGGCCGGCCCCCGCUCAGGGCCACACACGGUUAGAACUGUUCAGCCAGCUCUACGUGGGGAAACCAGCCUCACACACCUGCCAAGACAGUGCCGCGGGGGGUCAGAGGGGCUUCCUGGGUUGCAUCCGAGCCCUGCGGAUGAACGGCGUCACGCUGGAUCUGGAGGAGAGGGCCAAAGUCACGCCGGGGGUCAAGCCCGGUUGCCAAGGCCACUGCACCAGUUAUGGGAUGUACUGUCGUAACGGGGGGAAGUGUGUGGAGAAGUACAACGGCUACUUGUGCGACUGCGACGCCACUGCUUAUGACGGCCCUUUCUGCACUCGAGAUGUUGGAGGCUUCUUUGAGGCGGGAACGCUGGUCAAGUACAAUCUUCUCCCAGAGGGUGCGGCAGGAGCCAUGAAGGACUCCAAGGUCAUCACACAUCACUUGAAGCCCCUGCAGGAAGUCAAUUUAACCAAAGAGGAAGUGGCGUUUAGUUUCAGUACAUCCAGUGCGCCGGCUGUUUUGUUGUAUGUCAGCUCCAGGACGGAGGACUACAUGGCAUUGGUGCUGAGACACAAUGGCUCCCUGCAGGUGCGGUACAACCUGGGCGGUCUGAAGGAACCGUUUGCCAUCGAUGUGGACCAACGGAACUUGGCAAACGGACAACCGCACAGCGUGAAUAUGUCCCGCGUUGACAAAAGCAUCACAGUUCAGUUGGAUCAUUACCCUGCAGUCAGCUACACUCUGCCAGAUGCUUCGGACACCAAGUUCAACCUGGUCAAGACGCUCUUCUUGGGUAAAGUUUAUGAAACGGGACAUGUUGACCCGACGGUGAUCGAGCGUUACAACACCCCAGGAUUCAUUGGCUGCUUGUCCCGGGUGCAGUUCAACGGCGUUGCGCCCCUCAAGUCAGCGCUGAGGAGCAGCGGUGUUAGCGCGCAAGGAACGCAGACCACUGUAGCGUCUUACCAGGGGAAAUUGGUGGAGUCCAACUGCGGGGCGUCGCCUCUCACCAUCCCACCAAUGUCGGCCGCAACAGAUCCGUGGCAUUUGGACAACACAGAUGCCGAAUUCCCUUUCAAUGAGGAGCGAGUGAUUCCAGAUGGAGUCAACAGAGACUCUGCCAUCAUUGGAGGGAUCAUCGCCGUGGUCAUCUUCACCAUCUUAUGCACGCUGGUGUUCCUGAUCCGCUACAUGUUCCGCCACAAAGGCACCUACCACACCAACGAGGCCAAAAGCACCGCAGAACCCGCCGGCGAGUCGGCGGACACGGCGAUCAUCGGCACGGACAACCCGGAAACCAUCGAGGAAUCAAAGAAGGAGUGGUUCAUCUAACCCGCCAAUGACGUGACUCUGAGACAGGAAAUGGAUUGUAGAACCACACGCAAUUAAAUAACCGAUUGUGGUCAUUUAAUUGGACAAUAAUCUCCCAAAGAGCAAAGGGGAGACGCGUGUAAAAAUGUUUUUUUUGUUGUUUUUUUUUUUUUAUAUACAUCUAUAUCCAGAGUAUUAGAACAGAUGGAGGACUCUGCAAAGACUGGAACAUGUAAAUACUAACCGGCUUGUCCUUUGUAUCGUGUUUGGGAGUUUUCCGGAGUCCUUUGAAUACUGUAUAUGACAAAUAAUUCUAUUUACUGGCUCGUGUGAUAGAACAGAGUCUUGUUUUAAUUUUUGUAACAAAAAAAAAGAUGAAAUCAUUAUGCCAAACAACAUUAACCGCCGUGUAUAUUGUUUUUAUUAUCUUCAGAGUCAAAAAUGGAAAAAAAUCUAUAUGAUCUUUGCCAAUGCCAGUACAGUACAUAUGUAUCAAAUAGAGUUUUAUGUUCAAAUGGGAUGACAUGGGAUUGUAUGCGACAUUGCUGGGUGUUUACUUCUAAGCAUGACGGAGGAGUCCGUUUAUGGCAGCUUUCUGUUUUGAUUUUAUUUGGUCACUUGAACGCUCCAUUUGCCAAAUAAACACACGAGUCUUACAUUUCAAAUGAUACACACAGUGGUUAGUGAAGUAUCCGUGAAGUAAUUUGGGGAGAGACAAAAAAAAAGUUAUAUUCGAUUGGCUUUUUGACGGAAAUUAAUGGUGCCUUUUGAUAUAUUGAACCAUUUGGCCUUGUCGUCUUAGACCAGGGCUAUUCAACCGGUGGCCUAUGGGAGAAAUCCCACCAACCACGUUCAGUUCAAAACAACGACUGCCUUUCAAGCGUGGUUUAAGUCGCCCUCGCUGACUUGUUCAUACAUCAUUUUAAUUGACGAUGAUUCUUCAAAACAAAGCAGUUUUCAAUGAAGUUCAACGGUAUUUGUUCCCCUAAAGCAAAGAAUACGCAACUAACUUCAAAACCGAAUAUCUUUCUGUGCAGGAAAAGCGACAAAAAUUCAGCAACCGUAUAAAUAAAAAUAUUUUUUUUAGCUAAAGUACCCCCUGGAGUGCCUUCAAGUACCCCAAGGGGUCCUAGUACCUUAAAAAAAAUGGUUCUUUGACUACCGUGAACAUAUUUCUCCUGUUUAACAAGACGACUCCAUGACUUUAAUCACGACAAAACAAAAUCAGGAUAACAUUAUCCCGAAUCUGGACACUAUUCCUUGCAUUAAAUCUUAUCAGUUUUACAUUUAUUGAUUGUAUUGGUGCUGAAUCCUGCAAAAGACGCUAAACCAGAUAUGGUACAACCCAAUGACAAUGAUGAUUCCAGUGGUUUUUGAAGCAUUUUCCGAUGAUAUAUGUGUCAUUUCGGGAAUCGUAGGGAUCACGUCAGAUCAGAUCCAUGAAGAUGAUGCUUUCUAUGACAAAGUUCUGCAGAAGUCACAUGUUUUUUUUACUGUUUGUUUAUGGAUUUUGCCAUUUUGCUGAGUGUCAUAUUCAGUAAAAACCUAGCAAAUGUAUGACAACAAAUUGUAUGACAGCUAAAAUAAGACUUAAUUGAAUAUACAUUACAUACAUACAUGAAGUUUACCAGGAACAUGCUGAUAAAUAUGCAAUAAUACAGUAUAAAGCACCACUGCUAUUAUUGUAUGCCAUAUUUUUACUUUAAUUUAGUUUUAUUGAGUAGCAGUAAAUCAUGUUUAAAUGCUAUAAAUAUGGGAAAUUUCUUUGUUUGGCCAAUUUUCUUAACUUAAAGUCUACUGGCAAGUCAAAAUCAUGAGUGCAGGGUUGUAUUCAAAAAGUGAGUGAUUUUACUUUAGUUUUAUUUAGUUAUACUUAUGUUUGACAUUGGAGCUCAUGAGCUUGUGCCUAAUGAGACCUAAUGUAGUUUCUCCUUUUCCAAGUAUGGAACAACGACAAGUCCACCACUGCUAUCAUUGUAUGCCAUAUUUUUACUUUAAUUUAGUUUUAUUGAGUAGCAGUAAAUCAAGUUUAAAUGCUAUAAAUAUGGGAAAUUUCUUUGUUAGGCCAAUUUGCUUACCUUAAAGUCUACUGGCAAGUCAAAAUCAUGAGUGCAAGGUUGUAUUCAAAAAGUGAGUGAUUUUACUUUAGUUUUAUUUAGUUAUACUUAUGUUUGACAUUGGAGCUCAUGAGCUUGUGCCUAAUGAGACCUAAUGUGGUUUGUCUUUUUCCAAGUUUGGAAUAACGACAACGACUUGGCCAUCAUGGAUGUCAUAAAACAAAUUAUAUUAUAGUAUGACGACUAAAAUAAGACAGAAUUCCAGGUGGACUGUUCAUUUGGGGACAUUUUUGCUCAACCAUGCUUUCUUACUUCCCCUUCCUGUUUGUGUUUAUUCCACAUUUUCCUUCCAAUGUGACCAACCAGCUGCCAAAUGUAACCUUUAUCCUUUCUUUGGACCUCUUUGUGAUCAAAUUGCCGUGAUUCGUUGACUCGUGGGCGACGCGUGGACCCAGUCUUCUACAUGGGCCUCAAGUAAGACUUCAGAUCCAUGAAGACAAACGAGUGACUUUUUUUUAAAAUAUAUAUAAUCUACGGUACAUCCUCAUGUUCAAACAUUACAGAACUAACAAUUACCCGAAUGCUUUGUUUUCACUUCUGUUGAGUUCAAUAAAGUGUUUGGUCUUUA